CUUUCAGAUCCUCCUUUCUUCACAGUACCAUUUCUUGCUUUGUUCACCAGGCUCAAUUGUGUAACAAGGUGGGGGUAAAUAAAUGGAGGCUUUGACCCAAGAAUUCUUCAGCAGAUCGAAUGAAUUGGUGUACAAUCACCACUCUGCACCAGUGGAUCCAAGUUUCAUGAGUGAACAAAGAUUCUCCAAUCCUAGUAGUUUCUCGGGCAUUAACAAUCAUGUCGAGAAGGAAUUUGAUACGGCGGUGGAGGAGGAGGAGGACUACCCAGAUGCGACUCUGAAGUAUAUAAGCCAGAUGCUAAUGGAGGAAGAAGACUUGGAGAACCAGCCCUUCAUGUCCAUCGACUCCAUGGCUCUCCAAGCCACAGAGAAAAACCUCUCAGAUGUUCUUCACGGAAGUGACGGCCUAAGUGAUAAUUUUUCAAAUACUCAUCUCAGUAACUCCUUGUCCAUUCCAUUUGAAGGCCAACACGAUUUCGUAUCUCCUGCAAGCAGAGGAAGAGAGGAGGAGGAGGAGGAGAACGAGACAGACCAUUCGUCUUCAAAGGGAAAACGAAACCACCAGUAUUCAUCGUCUCCUCCUGAUUCUGCUGAAAACGAGAGGAACAACAAGUACUUGGCUGCGGGUUAUAUGGAAGAAUUCGAGACGUUAGAUGAUACGUACUACGAUGCCUUUGUCUGUCCUAUGGGAAAAAACAUCACCGCCUGUCUCCCCAAGAAGACAGACAAUUCUGAACAGAAGGUGGGAAGGAAAAACCGACGUGGCAAGAAGAAACAAGAAACAAAAAAGAAAUUUGUGGACCUCAGAGGCUUACUCACCCAUUGUGCACAGUCUGUGGCGGUUUAUGACAGCAAGACGGCGAAUGAGGCUCUUAAAAAGAUAAGGCUACACUCUUCUCCUCACGGAAACGAAACAGAAAGGUUGGCGUUUUAUCUAGCUAAUGCGCUAGAGGCACGCUCAAAUGGAGCAGGGCCAUCGCUGUACACAUCUAACCCUUCUAUCUCAGCUGCGGAUAUCUUGAGAGCUUAUCAGACGUAUAUCAGUGUAAUACCUUUUGAAGUAGUGUCAACUAUGAUGGGAAACAAAUGCAUCAUGAAGCUUGUAGCCGCAGGAGCAACCAGGCUACACAUCAUUGAUUUUGGAAUUCUGUAUGGCUUUCAUUGGGCAUGUUUCAUUCAUGGUCUCUCAGUGAUGCCCGGUGGGCCUCCAAGGCUACGUAUUACUGGGAUAGAAUUUCCACAUCCUGGUUUCUAUCCUGAAGAGCGGGUCAGGGCCACGGGCCUGCGUCUGGAAAAACACUGCAAGAAAUUAAAUGUCCCGUUUGAGUUCAAAGCCAUAGCAAGCAAGUGGGAGAGUAUAACACUUGAAGAUCUCGAGCUCGACAGGGACGAUGAUGUGCUUGUUGUCAACUGUUUGGACAGGCUAGCAAACGUCCCAGACGAGAUGACGGGGCCAAAUAAUAGUCCAAGGGACAUGGUACUCAAUCUGAUCAAGAACAUAAAUCCAGACGUGUUCAUCCACGCAGUUGUGAACGGGACCUACAACAACCCAUUCUUUGACAUGCGAUUCCGGGAAUCACUAUUUCACUUUUACUCACUUUUUGACAUAAUGGAGGUGACAUUGCAGAGUGAAGACAAGGACAGACAACUGUUGGAGGAAAUGGUGUUCAAAAGAGAAGUGCUAAAUGUGAUAGCUUGUGAAGGAACUGAGAGAGUCGAAAGGCCGGAGACGUACAAAAAAUGGCAUGCUAGAACCCUUAGGGCUGGGUUCCAGCAACUGCCACUCGAUCAAGAAGCUGUCAAGUGUCUAAGGGAGAAAGUGAGAUCAGAAUAUGACAAGAAUUUUUCUGUGGAUGAGGAUGAGAACUGGAUGUUGCAAGGUUGGAAAGGAAGGAUACUUAAAGCUGUCUCAUGUUGGAAGCCUGACAACAACUAGUUGAAUAUUUUGUUUGAAUCCAAAUUAGCAGGGUCUGCUAUUCUUAAAAUCAAAUUCAGCAUUCAUUCAAGACAAUAUUAUGAGCAUUCAGUGCUGUUUAAAUGACUUGUUAUAAGUCGUAACAUGAUUCGCUCAUAUGUACAAUGUCACAAUAUCCAUAAUGUAUAUGAGUCCAGCAAAGAUCUUAUCUGAAAUGAAGGAGAACCAAAUUGAGGUGAAGAAAACGAAGCAGGUCAAAG